AGCUGACAGUGAGACAUAAAGGCAUCAACAAGCCCCACCGUCUGCAUUGCAGUGCUGUCCGCUCCUCAGACAACUUCACACACCUCAGAGACAAACACAGGCGAGCCGGGAAAACAGCGCAGUUAUGCUGCUUUUAACUCUGCUUUUCGUGUCUUCAGCUGUAGCGACCCCUCUGCUGGGCACUGAGCAGUGUGCUCGUGGCCCCCCCUACUGGUGUCAGAAUGUAAAGACGGCUUCUCUGUGCGGAGCUGUGAGUCACUGCCAGCAGAAUGUGUGGAACAAGCCCCAAAUGAAAACAGUGCCAUGUGACUUGUGUAAAGAGGUGUUGAUGGUGGUGGACCAGAUACUGAAGGACAACGCCACUGAGGGUGAGGUUCUUGGGUACCUAGAGAAGGCCUGCCAGCUCAUCCCUGAUCAAAGUCUGUCUGCAGAGUGCAAGGAGAUGGUGGAUGAGUACUACCCCAUCAUCAUGGGAAUCAUUACUGGAGAGCUGGAGGAUCCUGGUGUGGUGUGUGGUGCCAUGGGGCUUUGUAAGUCUCAGCAGGCAGCCCUGGCUGAGGUUCAGGCCCAGGAGCAGCUCAUGUCCAAUGAAAUCCCCCAGGUCGACCUUUCCCAGCAAGUGGCUCCUUUCCUCCUCAAUGUGCCUGAGCUGCUCUAUCCCCAGAAUCCCAAGCAGGAGGCCCCUAAACAAGAGACUCCAAAGCAGGAAAGUGACAACGUGUGCCAGGACUGCAUCAAGUUCCUGACUGACGCUCAAGCCGAGGCCAAGGCAAACUCCUCAUUUAUUGACUCUCUCAUUGAGAAUAUUGAGAACCAGUGUGACCUGCUGGGACCAGGCUUGUCUGAGAUGUGCAAGCAGUAUGUCAGCCAGUAUGGUAGCGUUGUUGUUCAGCAGCUUAUGUCCAUGGAACAGCAACCCAAGGAUAUCUGUGUCCAUGCUGGCUUCUGUGCUUCUGCUAUGAAGAAGUCCGUUCCCAUGCUGAAGCUGCAGCCUGUCAAGACUGUGCCCGCUGCCAAGACUGUACCUGCUCUCAAGCUCUUCCCUGCCAUCAAGGUGGAGUCUGCUAAGCCCAUGGUGCGUGUCCAUGAUUCUCCAACAUGUGCCAUCUGUGAGUUUGUGAUGAAGCAGCUGGAGACUAUGUUGGAGGAUCAGAGAACAGAGGAGGAGGUGAUUCAAGCUGUGGAGAAGGUGUGCUCACUCCUGCCCUCCAGUCUGAGUGCUCAGUGUAAGGACCUGAUUGAGACCUAUGGCCAGGCCAUUAUUGAGCUGCUGGUGCAACAGGCUGACCCCAAGACUGUCUGCACAGUGUUGGCACUCUGCAAUGAUGCCAGCCGUGCAUAUGCCCCUGCACUUGACCAGACUCGCUUCAAGGCUGGUGGCUACUGCGACGUGUGCAAGUUGGCCGUUACUUACAUCGACGGCAUUCUGGAGAAGAACGCUACGGAGCAACAGAUUGAGGAGGCUGUGAGAAAAGUAUGCAGCUUCUUGCCCGACUCUUUCCAGACUCAGUGUGACCAAAUGGUUCAACAGUAUGAGCCAAUGCUUGUCCAGCUGUUACUGCAGAUGCUCGACCCAGACUUUGUGUGCAUGAAAUUAGGAGCCUGCCCUGAAACUGUGCACAAGCUGCUGGGAGCAGAGCAGUGCAGCUGGGGACCUGCAUUCUGGUGCAAGAACAUGGAGACAGCAACUCAGUGCAACGCUGUGGCUCACUGCAAACGCCAUGUGUGGGUAUAGAGGAAGAGGAAGACCAGCACAAGCUAACCUAUAGGGAAUUAAAAGAAAAUACUAUAGUGCUGCUUCACACUUUUAAUUUUUGUCUUGACUUCCUUUUUUUUGUUUUUUUUUUUUAAAUAGACUUAAAUGACUGCAAUUUAUGUUUAAAUUAACUUUGAUAUUUUGAAUGAUGACAUGGUGGAAAGGGACUGGGCAUUUGUGUUAUUUUGUUUUGUUUUUUUUCCCCUGUGGGGUGGGGGGGGGGGGGCAGGAAAGCUAUGAUUAUGUGUAUGGUGGCCUGCAGCUCAGCCUGUUGCUGCUUCACUGAGCAGAAGACACAAAUCUUCACUGUUGGGCUUUGCAGAUUUGCAUCAUUUGGGUUGCGUUUCUCUAUAUGGCUUGCUGGGUGAGGUUGGUAUGUGUGCGUGUGUGUAAGAACACAAAUUCAAUUCAUUUCACCUGUUGUAUAAUGUUAUCACAGCACCAGAUGGCUGCUGUCCUAAUGGGUCUAGAAACCACCCCACACCCCUACAGCUGUAUUCAAUUCCUUUUCCCUGGAGGAACUGCUUGCAAAAAGGAGAGACAGCUCAGUGUGUUAAGAAUGGCUGGCAUUACUUUUAGCAGUAUGUCUGAUCCUUUAAACAAAUUUCUAUUUUGUAGACAAAUGUUUUUGCGUGUUUAAGGAGCUCAAAUGGAGGUAAUUAGUCUGACGUUGUACCUCCCACUCGCCUCCCAUUGUUUGCAUUCUUCCUCCUGUUUGUAAAUCACUGCGUUUCUAACAUUCAAAAAGCAUCUCGAAUUUCAAUUGUCUGCUUCAUACCCAGAGCCAACUGUCAGUUGAUCUGUAAAUUUUUAACAAUUAAAGUGAUCCCAAUCCUC